AUGCGGCACAGAGCGCAAGAGAACGGCGACAGACUGCAUAUUUACUCGGAAAAAACCACAAGACGGAUGACAAUGCUUAACGACACUACUGUCUUCUCUGAGGAGGAAUUGCGACCUCUCACAGACACUGCCUGCACAGUUAUUGGGGUAUAUCUGACUUUAACAGCAAUAGGAGCCCUGUUUGGAAACAUCGUCUGCCUGGCCACAUGCAAGAAGAGCCAGAAGUUUUCCCGGAAGCUCCACGCGCAUCUCAUUACGCAUCUAGCCAUUGCCGGGAUAGCAUUAACAGCAUCCGGUCACGUGAUGUUCACCGUCUCAGCGUUUGCCGGCACAUGGGUGUUUGGCGACUACGGGUGUGUCCUUGCCGCCUUUCUCUGCUACUUUUUCGCUCUCGUCUGCUCCAACAUCCACGUAGCCAUCAGUGUGUACAGAUAUAUUGAAGUCUGCAAGCCACACCUUAGAUAUUUCUUGGAUCCUCGUCAGUCACCAGGGAUACGGUGCUUUGCUUUGGCGGCGUCUUGGUUGUACGCCCUCUUUUGGACUUCACUGCCGCUAUUCGGCUGGUCCAAAUACACCUAUGAAAGUUUUGGUGUAUCAUGCAGUCUUAACUGGGAAAGUCGAGACCUGAUUGACGUGACUUACAUAUACUCGUCCUUCUUCUUCAGCUUUGCUAUUCACAUAAUUGUGAUUGUAUUUUGUUAUAUAAAGAGAAAUGUGGCUUUCCCGUCCAAAUGCUGA